AUGAUUCUUAAAAAUCAUUGGGUCCCUCCAAAACAUUAUAUAUUUCCUUUUUCUGUACAUAACAAACGCAAUAGAGAAGAAAAGCGACGUCCUAAUCAUCAGCAUUUAUCUAAUUAUUCUUGGUUAGUUUAUUCCGAUGUGAAAAAAGGACUUUUUUGCAAAAAUUGCGCCAUUUUUACUAAUGAUAUUCUAGUAGGUGGUCAAAAAACAAUAUCUGUUAAAAAAUUGGUGACAGAACCCCUUAUAAAAUUUGCUAAUUUAUUAGGAAAACACGGAGACUUAGACUGCCAUUCUCAAACUCAGUAUCAUAAGUUGGCAAUAGUUAAAAGUGAAUCAUUUAUUCAAGUAUAUAAAAAUCCAUCUUAUGAUAUUCGGAAUCAGGUUGAAACUUCACGUAAACAACAGGCUAUUGAAAAUAGAGAAAGACUUGUUCCAAUAAUAAAAACUUUAAUUUUACAUGGACAACAGAAUAUACCUAUAAGAGGCCAUCGUGAUGAUGGUUCAUUACUUAAUACAAAUAAUAGUCCUGUUGCAACUGAAGGAAAUUUUCGUUCAUUACUAAGAUUCCGAAUAGAUAGUGGGGAUAAAGUGUUGGAAAAUCAUUUAAUGACAGCUAAAAAUAAUGCUACUUAUAUUAGUAAAACAUCAACAAAUGAGUUAAUAAAUCAUUGUGGUAAUGAAGUUCUUUCUAUUUUAUUAAAUAGAAUACAUAAGGCAAAAUAUUACUGUGUUUUAUUUGAUGAAACAACUGAUGUAUCUCACAUAUCCCAACUUAGUAUAUCAAUUAGAUAUAUUUAUGAAAAUACAGUCAGAGAAGAUUUUAUUGGUUUUGUUGAUCUUUAUAAGGACAAUUAUAGUGCAGAUGCUCUUGAUUUGGAUAUAGAUAAUGAAAGUAACACAUUAGAUUUACAACAGUCAGAACCAACUAUUACAGGAGAAAUACUUGGUUCAACAGUUGUAAAAAAGUUGAAAAGUGUGGGACUAGAUUUAAAAUUAUGUGUAGGAAUCGGUUGUGAUGGUUGCAGUGUUAAUAUGUCGACAAUAUGUGGAGCAGCAAUUACUAUACAAAAAUCUGCCAAGAAUGCUUUAAUAUGUCCGUGUUUAAAUCAUUCAUUGAAUAAUAAUUUAUCUAGAUCAAAUAAGAUUCAAAGUUUCCUAAUGGUCAUGAGCAAGGAUCAAUUUCUCCCACCUUGCAACAUUUGGAACGGCUGGAACAGAUGGUAA